CCGAAAACGAUACUCCCUCUGUAAAGAAAUUAGUGAUCUAAAAGGUCUUAUAUUUCUUUACAGAGGGAGUACAUAACAAGGAAAACACAGAACCCACGUACAAAGUUAUAACAGAACACAAGGGUGAACCAAGAAAGCAUAGUUGGUUGAGGGAUGCAGCACAGGUUAUGCCAUAAGCAUAUACAUGGAAACACAAGCAGAAGAGAGACUGACAAGGCAAGAAAAUGCGGCAGAGGCAGCACGGAGGCAAAUUCAUCAGUCUCCGAGUACACCAACAACAGCAACGCUGAAACCACGGACACAUGAUAACGCAGGGAUCCAUCAUCGAGGAACUGCACCAAAACCAGCCUCGAGCCAUCCAACACCCAACAUUAGGGUGGUCUUGCCCGUGGCAAGGUUGACGGAGGGGAAAACUUUGGCUCAAUGAUCAUUCACAGAGAGAACAAAUGGAGUAGCGAAGUGAAUGCUCACAGAGAGUGCCUCAGAAGAAAAUAUCUCUACCAAGGCUGGACAUAGACCAUGAUGGAGUGUAAAUGGAGAUCACACACAGCUUCAAGUUGACAAAAGUUAAGGAUCCAAGCAGUGGCCGGACAAACAAUUAUAGGUAGUUCACUUGGCAAAAAGAGGAGAUCUCUGGGUUGCUGAGUAGAAGAACAUCACGAGGGGUAGCAAAUGGCAGCACUACGGCACCAAAGGCACCGCCGCGAGACCCCAAAGGAACACCGCUGAAGAAGAGACACGGGGAAGCAUUUGGCCGCUCAACAACACCAAACGGUGUCAUUGCCAGCCCCGAAAAGAUGUCACCACCGUCGAACCCCAGCUGGUUGCACCACCACCACAGAACACACCCCUCCAGCUCCACGCAGUAAUGAUAGCCGUCAUUGGGGUCUCCAAGAUGACGCCUCCAAAGAAGAAGUGAUGUGAGGACACACCACCGUUAUCCAAUCAGGCAAGGUUGAUCAUAGGCUUUCACCCGGAUACCACGAAACAAAAAAAAAAAGAGGUUGCAACGAGCUCCACAACGGCACCUCUGCGAGGAAAACGAUGUCCACAGAUGCCUUUGCCGCCAGCAUGGGCAGUUCCGAUGCUGGGUUCACACCCGAAGCCUGUGCAGAUCCCCACCGGCAUGACAGCAACCGCACCUUCACAUGCAGCCAGGAUCCAUCAGGCCCCCACCGCAGGAUGUGAGCAGCCAUCACAGAAACCAGAUCAGUGCCGGCCGAAACUGAGGCCAGAACCACCGCCACCUCCCCCCCUGCCAUGCACCGCCAAGCUCCCAGCAGCGAGCCGCCACCAUGCUGCUGAGUAGCAGCCACCACUGUGCCCUGAACAACCGCAUCCGCCACUCCCCGAGCAGCGAGGAAGAAGGCGAAGCCAAGCCUUGGGCACCCAGCUGGCACGACUGAGGGCACUCCCCAAGCAGAAGGACCUGCCCGCAAGAGGCGACACUCACGUCGCCAAUACCCCACGAGCCGUCUGAACUCACCAUCGACGCCAGAUCUGAGCAGAGCUGCGCCUGGAUCCCUGACCCGUCCGGUCGGCGAGUACCAAAGCCAGCACCCGCCUUGCGUAGCCAAUCCCGCCAGCCCCGUUCCGCACCAGCAAGCCGCAGUGUGACAUCUUGGCUUAAUAGGAAUGAUAGACUACUCAUAUCAACAAGGAAUUCCUUAUUUUCCAGGAGCCCAUCUGCAAGGAACCUCAAAGUUAAGCGUGCUUGGCUUGGAGCAAUUUAAGGAUGGGUGACCGACCCGGAAGUUGACCCCUGGUGCGCAUGAGUGAGGACAAAGUGCGCAGGAAAGACUAGUGUUGGUUUCUGCCGCCAGUCUAGAUCGAUCCCACUAGGUGUAACGGUUGGGAACCGGUGGUUGUGGCCGGGGCAUUACACAUAGGACCAGCCGGCGCCCGUUGCCAGUGUUAAGCUUCAUGCAUUAGCGAACGCAACCAAAAGUCUGGACUGAUGGAAAGGGCUAGAUAAUCCACAUAUACACAAAACACCCCCUCUCACAUGUGAUGUGGGGUGGCGGCGCAAAAUCGGAUCCGCACGAGUUGCACGUGCUAAAAAAAUAACCUAAGCUCUAAUACCAUGUUAAGCUUCAUGCACUAGCCAACACAACCAAAAUUCCGAACUGAUGGAAAGGGCUAGGCAAUCCACAUAUACAGUUAUACACUUCAACAGCCAGAUCUGCCGCCGAAUGAGACGUAGCUUGAUUCUGUUUGGAUCUACGCAGGGCACAAUAAGAAUUCCGUUUUCUUAUUUCCCUACUCCUGUUUGUCACUUCAGUUACUCCAGUUUACUUUGUCAUUUGAUGUUUGUUCCGUCAUUAUUGCAAAAUAUAGUGGAAUCUGGCCACAGGGAGGUUCAAUGGAUUCCUUUUUUACUUCGUUUCUGUAUUAAGGGAAUUAUAUUCUACAGUUCUGAUCAGCACCAGUCUCCUGAUUUUGUUAUGAAUGAUCCUGGUUUUCUCUUCCGUGUCCCAUUCCAUGAAUACCUAUUUAAAAUAGUUCUUGUUCUUUAUAGCUUGCUAACCUUGAAAUCAGUGGUCAUUCCAACUCUUCUAUGGAUACUGCCCGAGCAAUGCGAUCAAUCAUGGGGACAACAUCUAUGUGAUCACACAACAGCUGUUGCCUUGUAUUCGUUCUUACGUUCGGGGCUUGUCGAGAUUUUCUAUGUAUUUUGGUUUUAUCCCCUCUACAUCUUCAGCUUUAUAAUAAGUACACUCUGGUAUGGUGACAUUGCUAAGCAUGCUUUGGCUGUUGUGAAAAGUAAGAAGCUGGAUGCAAGUCAAGCAUCUGACUCUGACCCUCACAGCACAUCUGUAUCAGCAGAUAGGCCUGAAGGAUUUGAUGGGGUUGCGAUUGGUGUUGGAGAGCAGGUCUAUUCGAUACUUCUUUUGACUAUUUUCUUUGCUGAGGUUACAGUGAUUGGUUACAUACCUUACCUUGGUAAGGCAAUGAACUUCAUGUUACUGUCUUUGAUGUAUGCCUACUACUGCUUCGAGUACAAGUGGAACUUCUUUGCAGUGAGCCUGAACCACCGGCUUGAUUUCUUUGAGUCAAAUUGGGCUUUCUUUGCCGGAUUUGGUAGUCCAUGUGUACUUCCGAUUUUCUUCUUCUCUCCUCUUACAAGUUAUGUUGUGAUGGCAAUACUAUACCCACUGUUUGUCAUGACAGCUGCUGGUACACAAGAAGAGCAAACCAUUGAUGAACUGAAAUCUUUGCAUGGAGGGAAACUGAAUAGAAUACCCUUGUUCUUUGUCGCGAAGCGACUAACGACGCAAGCGCUGCAGUUGUUCCCAGAGGCACAAAAGGAGCAAUGAGUGGUCCACAUAAUCACAUGAACUCAGAGGUGCAUAGUUCUCAUGUUGAAGCUGCAUCUGAGAGGUGCAUAGUUCACGAGAAAGCGUGGCUGCUCAUGUGUGCCACGCCCCAAUGUAAAUAGUCUGUACCAUUGCCGCUGUACAUAUACAUAUAUUGGGCCAAUAAAAAAGAAACUAUGGUUGUCCACGAGAUACAUGCUGCAAUUGAAGAAGGAAAUAUACAAACAUACUGUCUACAAUGUUGA